AUGUUGCUGCUGGUGCUGGGUGCCCUUCUCCUGCUCUUCUGCAGUCUGGAUGUGUGGUAUUUCCUGCGGGGUGCUCAAGUAUUCGUCCAGGCGUGGUUUCAACCCAGAGUAUUGGACAUUCUGGCCGAGCAAAGUGUUGACGGGAUGGUCCUCCCCCAUGAUUUGGACUACAUGGGCCACAUGAAUAACUCUCGAUACCUAAGGGAGUGUGACUUUGCCCGGUUCCACCAUUACAUGCGUAAUGGUCUGUUCAUGGCCUCUCGCAAACUGGGAGCCAAAAUGGUAGUGGGGGCCUCCACUAUCCGCUACCGACGGUCUUUGGCAUUCUGUGAGGCUUUUGAGAUUAGGACCAGAGUGGUGGGCUGGGAUGAGAAGGCCUUUUACCUUGAGCAGCGUUUUGUGUCCAAGAAAGACGGCUUCAUCUCUGCCAUCAUGCUUUGCAGGCAGAACGUGGUACACAGCAGCCCAGAGAAGAUUAUUGAGUUUGUGUGCAAAAAGAAGAUUGAGUGUCCUGAGUUUCCUGAGGACCUCAAGCACUGGGUCAGUUACAUUUCAUCCAGCAGCCAGGCCCUGAGAGCAGAGAGUGGACUGGAGAAGAAGACCACCUGAGGCCCCUCCAGGAUACAGUGCUUUAUUAAUGCAUUGGAAACUGGGGGAGAGUCCUUGAUGCGUUUCGCUGAGCCCAACGGACCUUCCCUUAAUGCUGAUUGGUCAGACCAGGAAGGACGUCACUGCAUGCUGACGUCCAGUGUGGAAAGAUAAACACCAUCAUCUAAAGACAGCGGUGCUGUCUGGAUCCAAAGCUUUAUUGGACUUCAUGGACUUGAAUAAUACCUUUUUAAGGUAAAAUGGAUAAAUGAAUGUUUAAAGGCACCAAAUUCAUUACAGUAUUCCAUCCCACACAACAUACUUAAAGGAGUAGGAGGUCUUCUUUUUUAAUUGAGAUGUAAUUAUAGUAUUACAAAGUUAACAGGAAAACUAUCCGUAUUCUAUCAACAAGCUCUUAUGGUGUGGAAACUGUUAUUUGCAUAAUGUCUCUCCACACUAGUCUAUCAUAUGGAACAAUGAAUGUAUUACUAAAAGGGAACAGGUCACUUAAUUUACAAAAUUGGGUUGACAGAAACUUGAAUGCCUUUAUUGUCAUCGUACUUUUCAAUACAACGAAACUGGGAGUGCAACUCCACUGUGGUGCAACAAUA